AAACCACUAGCUAGCUAGUUUCUCUUUCUCUUAUCACAUAACUAAGCAAAGAGAGAACCUAAUUCUCUUCUUUUUCUUCCAUAGAUUCUCUCUUUUAAUUCCACCUUUUUUCUUUUCUUUUUUGUUCUCUCACCACCAUCACUCACUUAACAAUUCAAGUUCAACACUGCCUAACUCCCCUUUACUAAAGCUACUUGGUUUUAAUUAGACUAGCCACUUUUCAUACAUCAAGAACUUGCUUAUGUAAAGUUAGAGGUCAACAUCCACUUAAAAGCACGAAAUACUGAAGUUUAAGAUUAGCUAGAAGAAAUUUCUUUCAAGAAAUUGCUUAUGCAAAGUUGAGGUCAACAUCGAUUUAAGAAGUAAGCUACCUCUAAGGCGAAAUUCUGAGCAAAACCAAAGAAAAUUAAGCCAAAAUGAAUGGUCAUGAUCCAAAGAAGAAUCCAUCACAUAAAAAUCCAGUCAAAACUUUGUGCACUUUCUUGCUAAUUUUACUCAUAUUGGCUGGCCUUGUUGUGCUCAUUGGAUGGCUAAUUUAUAGACCCCAUGAGCCCAAUUUCAGUCUAGUAGGUGCUGCCAUAUAUGAAUUAAAUGUAACAUCUCCUCCUUAUAUGUCAAGCAUCAUGCAAUUCACAGUGUUAGCAAGAAAUCCAAAUAGGAGAGUUCGUUUGGAUUAUGACCAAUUUUCAGCUCUUGUUUACUACAAGGAUCAAGCAAUUACACCUCCAGCUAUGCUGCCACCUUUACUUCAGGAAACAAAAAGCACGGCGGUAUUAUCGCCAGUGAUAAGAAGUGCAUUGGUACCCGUGUCGGUGGAAGCAGCAAAUGGAUUACUGAUAGAUGAAGUUUAUGGAGUUGUGGCUUUGAGACUUGUGUUUCUGGGGAAAAUGAGAUAUAAAGCUGCAUUUGUAAGGACUAAACACUAUGGACUUUAUGUCAACUGUGAUAUGUUGGUGGGCUACAAGAAGGGGUUUGUGGGUCAAGUUCCUUUGCUUGGUACUCCAGAUUGUCAAGUUGAUUUGUGAAGUUUAUUUGUACUUUGAGAAUAAAAGACUAAGUGUACUUACAGAUUAUGAACUGAAUGAUUAGAAGAUGAACUAGGAGACUACUUGUUUCUUCAAAUCUUAGAUGUAUCUCAACAGUUUUACUAUUCCAGCUUUUCAAUUUGUAAACAGAAUUACGUACAGUUAUAUAUAGUGCUUUUUUU